AUGGAUGUGAAAGAGGCGACCAACUGGAUCACCAGAGCCCUACAAAAGCAUGAGACCAUGAAGGAAACAGAGAUAGCAGGAGUGGGCGUAAUAAAGUUUGGCUAUGUUAUACGCUUUAAAAAUGAGAAAUCAAAGGAGAUAGCCUCGAAACAUGAUGAAUGGUUGGCAGACCUCCAUCCAGAGACAAAGAUUGACAGACCCUGA